AUGGCGCCAACGGUGGACUAUGUCUUCACGCGAGACUACCUCGAUAACAGCCGCAUCAACUUGAUGCACAGCUUUUGGACCAAGGUAUUUGGGUAUACGGUCCACCCAAAGAUCCCCACAAACCAACCUGACCUCCGGGUGGCAGACGUCGGCACUGGUACAGGCAUCUGGCUUUUAGACGCUCGAGAUACCUUUGCUCCAUCCGCUCAGCUAGAAGGCUUCGAUAUCUCAUUUGAUGCUACACCUCCGGCUGGGGUCAUACCGUCCAACGUAAAAUUUCGGCAUUGGGAUGUCAAUACAGAUUUGCCUCCAGAUUUGGAUGGCGUGUUUGAUAUCGUUCAUGUCCGUUUCCUCUCAUUUGUCCUCUUGAACGAUGAUGCCCCUGCAGUGGUCAAGAAAUUGUUCAAGAUGCUGAAGCCUGGCGGCUAUCUGCAAUGGGGCGAAGCGGAUAUGGAGACACUUCGGUUUGAGAAGUGUGGUAUCGAUGCACAAACUGAGAGCCUAACCGAGCUGUUCAAGUUGCUGGAAAUCCAAGAUCCGCGACUGAAGCCCACUUGGGCUAAAGGUCUUCCAGAGCUUUUCACUGCCGCUGGUUUUAUUGACAUCGAGGUGGAUAAAAAUGAUUGUCCCCCACAUUGGGCUUUCGCCUUCCAUGAGUGUGGGCUGAUGAUCCAUGAGCUCAUCUAUCGCAAGACAAAGAACGUGAAAAUGCAGGAUGAGCUAGGCCGCCUCCUGCCGAAGGCUGUGGAAGAAACAAGGAACGGGGCAUAUGGGACUUCGAUACGGGUGACUGUUAUCGGAAAGAAGCCGCAGGCUUGA